CAUUCGAGACCUAAGCCAAGAUCAAUAAGAGCAGGAGUUGUCCUAGAAGUACAUGCGUAUGUACUGGAGUGUGGACUCGAGAUAGGACAUCCUUGUUCACGAGCAGGUACAUCGGUGUCGAGCGCGAAGGCAUGCACUGUCUUUGACGAGAACGGUCGUGUCACAAACGAAAUCGCAUCUUUCGUGUGCUGAUGACCCAUGUUGCACAGACAAGGCCAGCCGACGAGGAGCUGCCGUCGUUCCAUGGCGACUUGAACGUGUUCAUCACCGUCGGCUCGACUCGAUUCGAUGCACUGAUAUCACACUCUGUCCUUGAUGUGUCCUUCCUGCACUGCCUUUCAGAUGCUCUGAAGGACCUCGAGAAUACAUCCGCAGACAACACGGUACAUGUCAUCGCGCAAUAUGGCAACGCAGACCUGGCCGAAGUGAUCGGCAAUUCGAGCCUUGUAUCAUCUGACGGCGAAGAAAUCGAUGGCGACCGACGUGCAAUGCAUGGCAGGCUCUCGCUAGAUCUCGAGCCUCCAGGUCAAGCAGUAUUCUUUAGUACCAAUGGAAUCCUGCAGGGAUCCCUCAAGCAGGACUCGUCAACGCCCUGUCCACGAGUCGAGAUCACCCUGUUCAAAUUUGCGCCGAACCUGCGCGCUUGCAUGGAGGCUGCUGACGUAGUAAUCAGCCACGCGGGCUCUGGGACCAUUUUGGAAGUCUUGCGACUGCCUCCCAUCUCACGAACACGUGCGCACGAGCGACAGCUAAUUGUCGUACCCAACAGUUCCUUGAUGGACAAUCACCAAGUAGAACUGGCCGAAGCCCUCGCCGAUCAUCCAGACGGACCCUAUGUGCACGUUGCUACGUUCGAUCAACUCUCGGACAAGAUGGCUUCCGUGUUACUUGCGAUGGGCCGCGGCGAGAGCAAACUAAAGCCGUUCCCUGCCUUUGACGGUAGCCGUCUUAACGCACUGAUCGACGAAGAAAUGGGCUUCAUGUAGUGCCAACCGUCUGUCAGCAUCCCAACGCCACCGCUCGUUUGAAGCAGAUCGAAGCAAUGCAGGCCAAGUACGAUUCGAGUGAAAUGUCAAAAGUCUACAGGUUGCAAUUGAAGAGAGCCCGAUCGAACUUGCGCAUGUAUGCUGCUGAUGAAAGCCCCUAGCAUGUGUGAAGAUUAGGAAGAAUGCGAAGUUUGGAGACAGCAAUGCUGUAAUUCUUGAAGCAGGAGCAGCACCUGUCGGUGCAGCUCUCUGUGCUUAUUCAUGCCUCUGCGUA